AUGGCUCGUUCAAUUCGGAAUUACGAGUCUAACGAGAGCGUUAUUGGUACUGGUCAUGAUGAUUACGACACCUAUCAUGUCAAAACGACAGAAAUUAUCAAGCAUGGCGACUCUCACAACAACCACCUCAUCCACUCCCCAGGUAGCCACGGACAUGGACAUGGACAUGGACUUGGUCACGGACACAACCGCACAUACAGCCACGACCAUACGGAGCACCACCACCGUCUCGGAGAGAAUGCGGUCCCUGCACUCGUCCAGGCCUUCUCUGGCGCCGUUGGCUCUUCAAUCGCGGGUAUCGCGACCCACCCUCUCGAUAUUGUAGUCAAGCGUCUCCAGGUCCAGCGACAUAUCCACAACCAGAUCCGUAUGCAGAAAAAAUCGCGCAGUGGUGGCCCAGACGAGAGGGGCGAUGACUACAACAGACAAGGCGGGACUCGGAGGACUAGCUCAAAGGGUUCAAGGUCCUAUACUACGGCGGAUGGGGUCAGAAUUGACGAAGACUGGGAAGAUACAGUUGAGGAGUAUGAAUAUAAUCAGCAUUAUGACGGCGUGAUUGAUUGUGCAAAGAAGAUCUGGGAGGAGGAAGGUCUAGGAGGCUUUUAUACAGGUGUUGUAGAGGAGACCAUUGGUACAUUGGGCUCUGCAUUCUGGUAUUACGCUACCUAUAGCUAUAUCCGCAACAAGCGCCUUCACAAGCGCCACACCCAAAAGCUUCCAGUCCUAGAAGAGCUCUUGAUCGGUCUUGUUGCUGGUUCCGCAUCGCGCCUCUUCCUAACGCCCUUCAACAAUAUCUCAACUAGGAAGCAAACCCAUGCAAUGCUCUACCCCAACGCAAAAGCGCCUGGUAUUGUGCAAAUCUACCAUGAUAUCAUGCGGGAAAAGGGCAUUACAGGGUUCUGGUCGGGUUACUCUGCCAAUAUGUUCUUGUCACUGAACCCGACAAUGACAUUCUUGAUCUACGAAUCGCUCAAGAACUUUGCAGGCGGAAAUAGGAGGCAGAUGAAGGGCGCUGAAACAUUCCUGAUUGCUGCGGUUGCAAAGGCUAUCGCAACGGGUUUGACAUAUCCGCUUUCAGUUGCGAAGAGCAGGGCGCAGGUCGCAAAUGAGGAAGACAAUUUCCGGUUCCAGGACCUCACUAGCGUUGGGAAGGCUGGUCGAGCGAUCAAGGACAAGCUAGCAAAGCGGAAGAGAAGUGCUGGGAACCUCAUUCAGGUAUUGGCGGAUAUCUUCAAACGUGAGGGUAUCGCAGGGCUUUAUGAGGGUGUACUUGGGGAGCUCCUUCGAGGGUUUGUAUCAAGCGGAAUCACAAUGGUAAUCAAGGAAUCUGUUCAUCGCACAAUCCUUUCGCUCUACUACUUCGUGAUGCGCGCCUACAACCGUACUGAGGACCACAGUUUCCAGGCAACUACCAAGCUUAUGGCAAAGGAAGCAUAUGAGAAAGCCGGCCCCCGCCAAAAGAAGAUCUUGAACAAAGCUAUUGAAGGUGGCCACAAAGUCACACAUCUCAUUGAAGCUGGGAAGGAAAAAGUUACAGGCCACCACUCAGAAGAAACCCGUCGUCAUGAUGGCAUGAAGAUGAAGGCUGCUGCCGCCACUGCUGUUGCUGGUCUCGCGGCUGGGGCGGUCCAUCAUGGACGUAACAGGAGCAGGGAGAGGCACGAUGAACAUGGAAACGCCUUGGUCCACACCGCUCGUGAAAGGGUUGAGGAGUGGAGAGAAGGUGUCGGCGAGGACUCGCACAGACAUCGUGUUGGGAACGUCACACAUAUUGAUGACCGUAUCCACACCGGCGAGACUCACCAGAACCUCCACCAGUCCCACAGCCACUCGGGCCACAGGAAUGAUCAGUUUGGAAGGAACGGUAUCACCGAGCAAACCUACAUCGAGGAGAGGAUCGAACAUGGUCACAGCGGCUCCCACAGCCGCCGCGGAUCUGCAGGUGUCAUCGGCGCUGCUGCUACUGCUGGUGCCGUCGCUCACAAGCUUUCUAGUCACUCCCACAAUGAGCACGGUCACAGCCACAGUCACAGCGGCCAUGCUCACGAUGGAGAGGUCAUCACCAAGACUACCAAGGUUGUCGAGGAGUUUGGCAUUGUCAAGGACCCCCGUAGCACUCAUGUAAAGAAUAUCCACGAUGGUCACCAAGCCGUCUCCGACUCUCGCAGCCGCUUCGGUGAGACCACCCACCAGCACAGCUCGACCCAUGAGGAGCGAGGCCGCCACGGAAUGGUCGGCGCUGUCACUGAGAAGAUCGUUGGUCACGGCCACAACAGCCACAGUCACGGCCGCUCGCACUCUGGAAACCGUCACGGCUCGCACAGCCACAGCCACAGCCACAGCCACGGUCAUGGACACGGUCACAGAGAAGGUCAUAUCGACGGAAAGACUAUCAUCCAUACCACUGAGACCGUCGAAGAAUGGAGAAACGACGCAAACGCUGUAGAAGAUCUUCGUCAAUUUGGCGUUGCGAGUACAAUCAACGAAGACUCCCGUAGUGACUUUGGUGAGACCCUCCACAAAGGGCACUCGAUCGUUGGGCACGGCCAUAGCCAGCGAUUCGGUGACGACUCAGUCCACCUCGAUCACGGACGCACGGUCAUUGAGAAGACCCAGGUCAUGCGUGUCGAUGAGGGAGGACAUCACAGCCACGGACACAGCUCCCACGGACACUCCCACAAGGACUCACGCAACAGCUUCGGUGGUUCCGCGCUUCACAAGGACGGCCGUACCGUCGUUGAGAAGACGGAGAUCACCCGCAUCAGCGAGAACAUCCACGAUGGAGGGCAUCUCAGCCAUGGCCACAGCUCCCAUGGUCACAGCUCCCACGGCCACAGCUCCCACGGCCACACCUCCCACAGACAGGGGGGUGUUGUUGGCGCUGUCGUCAGCGCUGCCGAGAAAGUCGUUGGCCACAACCACAACCACAGCCACAGCGAUUCUCGCACCAACUUUGGUAGCUCCGGGCACAACGACGGCCGUACCGUUGUCGAGAAAACUGAGAUCACCCGCAUCAAUGAGAAUAUUCACGACGGAGGGCACCACAGCCUUGGCCACAGCUCCCAUGGCCAUAAGGACUCACGAAGCAACUUUGGCGGAUCUGCACUCCAUACAGAUGGCAGAACCGUCGUCGAGAAGACUGAGAUCACCCGCAUCAGCGAGAACAUUCACGAUGGCGGACACCACACCCACAGCCAGAACAGCCAUGGAAACAGUUCACACAGGCAAACCGGUGUUGUCGGUGCCGUCGUCGGCGCCGCCGUCGGUGCUGCCGAGAAGCUCGUUGGCCACAGACACGGACAAAGCGCUCACCGCCACAGCGAGUCUCGCACCAACUUCGGUGAUGCUGCUCUUCACUCCGAUGGCCGCGUUGUUGAGACGACCCAGAUCACCCGCAUCAACGAGAACAUCCACGACGGACACUCCCACUCUACCCUCGGCCGUACACACAAUGACUCUCGUAGUAACUUCGGCGUUCACAACGAUGGCCGCACAGUCAUCGAGAAAACCGAAGUUAUCCGUCAAAACGGACACACCAGUAACAUGAUUCCCACCCGAAGCCCUCUAGAUGCCGUGGUCAACAAGAUUAGCUCCAGCUCCAGCCACAACGCUCACAACACCCACAGCCACCAGAACGGGGUUGUUGCAAACGGCAUUGCUGCUGGCAAGGCUGCUCUCGGCCUUGAUAACCGAAACACCAGCACCUUCAGGGAAACCAGCUCCAGCUCUAGGCAGUCUGGCUUCCUUGGAAAGCAGGCACUCGCGAACUCUACUGCUGCCACCGCGGGCUCAAACGGCGUCGCCACUGUUACCCGCACUGAGGAAUUCUGGCCCGUCGAUGAGGAUGCGAGGAGCUCGGUGUACAACUUCCAAGAGGAGAGGGAGUCAGGCGGUGUGAGGAUUGAGACCAAGACUUGGGGUGAGGAGAGGAGGGGCAAGGGUUACAACUAA